AAGAGACACAAAUAUGCCAGUGAAACAAGACAAAACACAAAACGAAAUAACUUACUCUGAAAAGAGGUCGUGCAGUUUUGCUUCUCAUGUAUAUUUCUGUCUUUAUUUUUAAUGGGAAAGCGAGACAAAGCUGAUUAAGAAUGGGAUUUUAUGCAGUGCUCUGGUUUUAUUCGCAUGUGACUAAGAGGGAGUUUAUUCUGACUCAGUAUGAGGUGUUUUAAAUGAGGGCAAAUGAUGAAAGAAGCCAGAAGAACCGACGGAAAGGAAGUUCAGAGAGGAUAAAUAGAGAAAAGACAAGGAUGUUUCUACAGAUGCUUUGCUCAAAGGAAAGGAUUUCACAGAAGCAUCUGAAUGACAACAUGAGUUCAUUACUAAAAGUGUUGCUGCUUCUACCUGCUCUGUACUGUUCUGCAGAUAAUACAGAGUUGCAUCAAAGACAGAAACGAGGUUCCCGUUAUUAUAGUGAGGUUUGUGUGGACACUGAUUCGGCCGCGAUCAGGGACAUUGGGGUGACGUGGUUGCGAUGGAGGGGUCUGAAAGUCGAAUUCUGCCGCUGUGUCUUACAAGGAAGAGUGCGCUGUCAUCAAAUACCAGUUACAAAAUGUUUUGUGUCUAAGUGUUAUAACGGAGGGGUUUGUAAAGAGGCCGUUUACUCCAGUGACUUUAUCUGUCAGUGUCCGCCGGGAUAUAAAGGCACCCAGUGUGAAAUCAGUAUGGGUGAGAGAUGUGUGACGGGUCAGGGCACAGGUUACCGUGGCACCUGGAGUAUGAGUGCGUCAGGACUGGAGUGCGUUAACUGGAAUUCCAGUUCACUCCGAGGAAAGAAAUUCACGGCCAGGAGAUCAGAAUCCAGCUCGCUGGGACUGGGCAACCACAACUACUGCAGGAAUCCGGAUGGAGACACUAAACCCUGGUGUUAUGUUUAUAAAAGUGCUCAGAUGACGUGGGAAUUCUGCUCAUUGCCGACUUGUGUAACAGAUCCCAUUAAGGAGUGCGCGCAAGGGUCAGGCCAGACUUACAGAGGUACAAAGGCGGUCACACGCAGCGGUUUGAAAUGUUUACCGUGGGAUUCACCCGCCGUGUCUCAUAAGAUUUACACGGCAUGGAGAUCAGAUGCCAGAGAGCUGGGCAUCGGCAGCCACAACUUCUGCAGGAAUCCAGACGGUGACCUCGGCCCCUGGUGUCACGCUUAUAAAGGUUCAAAGCUGACCUGGGAAAUCUGUGAGGUGCCCAAAUGCUCCAAGAAAACUCCAUCAAGAACAACGCUUGGACCACGAGCCCCUACAACCAGCAACAACCAAGGCACCUGUGGUCAGCGCGUUGAAUCCCUCUCAAACGCUCUGCCCAUGUUUCGGAUACUCGGUGGUCAGGCCAGUGACAUCAGAGAGCAGCCGUGGCAGGCGGCCAUCAAUGUAUAUCUGCCCCGUUUAAAACUGCAUAGCUUCCUGUGUGGGGGUGUGCUCAUCGACUCCUGCUGGAUUCUGUCAGCCGCUCACUGCUUCCAGGAGGGGUUUGGAGAGGAUCGUCUGCGGGUGAUUUUGGGUCGGACCUUCAGACUUCAGAAUUCAAGCAGUGAGCAGAUCUUUGAUGUAGAGAAGUACUGGACCCAUGAGCAAUAUGACGAUGACACUUAUGAUAAUGACAUAGCUCUGCUCAAGUUAAAGAGUGAUUCUGGUAUCUGUGCGGUGAACUCCCCUGAAGUCCUGCCAGCGUGUUUACCAGAACCGAGCCUGGUUUUACCGGACUGGACAGAGUGUGAAAUCUCUGGAUAUGGGAAAGAGGAAGAGUUUUCUGAGUUUUACGCCGAGAGAAUCAAGCGAGGUCUUGUACGGUUGUGGCCGCAGGAUCAGUGCGUUCCCGAGAAGCUCUCUGGGCGUCUGGUGACACAAAACAUGCUGUGCGCAGGAGACACGCGCGGUUUGGACGACGCGUGCAAGGGAGACUCCGGUGGCCCUCUGGUGUGCCCGAAGAAUGGCAGAAUGACACUGAUGGGUUUGAUCAGCUGGGGCGAUGGUUGCGGGAAGAAAGAUACGCCUGGCGUUUACACACGUGUCACAAACUACAUAAAGUGGAUCUCUGGCAAGAUGAGAUCUAACUGAGACAAUAACAAACAUCAUUAACACACAAACUACAGUGACCGUUGUGUACUGAAUAUAAACAAGGCGAUGGACUUUUCAUGACCCUACCUUAAAGUCAGCUUGAACGUGCAACCCAUUUUACUUCUUUAAUGUGAAAUAUGUACGAGUGUAACGGGAUGGUCAAUGAGGAACUUGCAUGUGAGUUUACUAAAACAUCUAAAUUAUUAUAUGUAAGUUAUUAUAUAUUUGUAAAGCAUAUAUUUGGAAUAAUGUGCACAGUGGCGUUGAGUAAAUGGGGUCGAUCUUGAUUUCAUGUUGACUUUAACAUCUAGUUAGCAUCAUGCUAACUGGGGGCUCAACAUGUUGACCAGCUCUAGAUCAAGAGUAGUUUUAGUGUAAUGAAUCAGCUACUACAAUAGUUUGGUAGAAGGAACCAUGGGAUAUUUGGAAAUAGUAAUACAGAUCUCAGAGUUGAUCGUUAUAGAUCGCAUGAGACGUUUGAAUCAGAGGACAGUUUUCUUCCGUUUACGUCACACAAGUGGCCUUAAAUAAGUACUACGUGACACAAAAGACAACUUUAAGUGUUAAAGGUGCUGUAAGCAAUUUUAGCCGCUCUACUUCCAUGAGAUUGAGCCGCUGGAUUAGCCACGACACUUUUCUCUAAAACCCCUUACUGAGGCCGACAACAUGCAGAAACGGUUGUGCGAAGGGGUUAAAGGAAUGGAGGAGGCGAGAACCGGCUUGACAAUAUAAAUACGAUUUUAAUUAUAAACUGAACCAAAAAGACAAACACACACACAGGUGUCGGACAGCCGUCCGGAAAUCUCUCUCUCUGUCCCACUGCAGCUUCCAGUCGGCCUUUAUCCCUCUCUGAGGCUUGAUUAGCCUGAUUAGUGGCCGGGUGUGCGGAAUCACGACCCGUCCCGCCCUCCGUCCUGCCACUUUCCUCCCUCGUUCUCUCAGGUCUGGGAGCCCCCGGCAUGACAUACACCCCCCCACCCCACCCCUUUCCCUGGGGAGGGGCGUGCCUUCCGCCCCGUCUGCCGGCAGGUCAUCCCGGAUGGAAGGGACAAGGGGAGGGAAACAUGGCGUAACGGCGAUCGUGCCGAAUUAACACAACAUUUUAAAAAGAGAGGGUAAAGGCCAACACGGAGCAGCAGUGGGACACUUACUCUUACUCGCCGGUUCUCCGAUACGCCGUAGCUUGGUCCUCGGCCACUCCUCCAACCUCUAAUGGACGACAGGCAGACCUCCGGCCCCUUGUGGACGGAAUGCCCCGACGUGUUUUUGGUGGACGGUAGUGGUCUCCCCCGCCCCUGGCAGCGGUAACCGCUCCAGGUGGUUGGUUGGGAGCCCCUCCUCCCCUCGCGGUCGGCGGCCGUUCCUCCGCUUCCAGGCGGCCAGGCUCCUCCGUCAUCCGGCUGCUCCUUCUCUCUCUGUCACAUUGCCGUCUUCGGUCGGCCUUUAACCCGGCCCCGCCUAAAAACAACAGCUGCAAAACAGCGCCCUCAACAGACAACUGUUAUGAACAACAUGGCAUAAAAGUGGCAUUAAGCCUCAAAAAUGAGCUGAAACUCCAAAACUAUGGGACACUUAUAUCAUUAAUAUCUUUCAGCGAGUAGGAACAUGUGUUUGCAUCGCUUACAGCACCUCUAAAGUGCAAACUCAGAUUUAGAAAUGCACUUAGUCCUUUGAAAGUACUUUCAAUAAAUGUUCAAAACAGAUUUAUAUACACUUUGCUUUACAAUAGUGAGAAUAAGCGAUGGCACUUUUCAGUGUGUGCUCUGAUUUGUCACAUGAUGCUUCUAUGUAAUGCGUGUCAUGACGUUAGACAUUAAUAACAUGUUUUUAACACUACACAUCUGCUGGCUCAGAGAGAGACGUUUGUUUCAUGGUCAGUGUCGCUGAUUCAAACAAAAGCAAGUUUGUUACAUACUGUGUAUUUAACUGGACUUUAACUGGAAGUUUUUUGACUGCAAAAAUGUUUGACUUUGUUAACCGAGAUCUAAUAUUAACAGAUCAGAUAGGUAGUAUUUAACUAUUUAACAUAUUUGAUAAACCUUACAUUUUAUACAUGGUAGUAGCAAGUACUAAAUUAUUGUUUUUAUGUUGCUUGACUUUUUAUAAAACUUGAAAUGGA